AUGGCAGAUCAGGGGGCUUUGGUAGGCAAUCCUAGUGCAGUACCUAAUUUGCCAAAGCAACAGCUACAAAGACGCCAAAUAAAGAAAAGUAAGUCAGUAAUACAAACAAUACUAUUUGGAGAAGAUAGUAACAAUGAGGAUGCAGUUUCUAAAAAUGUCAAACAAACAGAAAUAUUAGUUGAUCUCAGAGAGGCUAUUUUGCAAGUUGCACGACAUUUUCUAGCUCUAGAACCACAACUAGCUUCUGAAGUCCAGCUGACAGCAGAUUACACAAUGCAAAGUCAUGCAGCAGACAGGGAAAGGUAUGUCAAUGUCUCAAGAAGUAAAAGGAGGCGAGCAAAAGCACUGUUAGAUUUUGAAAGAAGAGAUGGAGAUGAAUUAGGAUUUCGUAAAAAUGAUGUCAUUGAGGUGAUUAGUUCAAGAGAUGAACAUUGUUGGAUUGGUGAGCUAAAUGGCCUUCGAGGUUGGUUUCCAGCCCGUUUUGUGAAGCUCUUGGAUGAGAAAGGCGUAAAAUAUAGCAGAGCUGGAGAUGACUCUGUGACAGAAAAAGCUGCACAUCUAGUCAGAGGAGUAUUAGCUCCAGCUUUCAAAAGGGUACUUCUGCAUGGAAUAAAACGGCCUAGUUUCUUAGAUGGGCCAUGUCAUCCUUGGCUUUUUAUAGAAGAAGCAUCUUCUCGAGAAGUUGAAAAAGACUUUAAUUCAGUUUAUAGUCGGCUAGUAUUGUGUAAAACAUAUCGUUUGGAUGAAGAUGGCAAAGUUCUUACGCCAGAAGAGUUACUGUACAGAUGUGUUCAGGCCAUCAACUUGUCACACGAUAAUGCACAUGCUCAAAUGGACGUUAAAUUACGCACAUUAAUUUGCAUGGGCCUAAACGAAGAAGCUUUACAUUUGUGGCUUGAAGUAUUGUGCUCCUGUGUAGAUGUUGUCCAAAAAUGGUACCAUCCCUGGUCAUUUAUUAAUUCGCCAGGAUGGGUACAAAUUAAAUGUGAAUUACGAAUCCUUUCACAAUUUGGAUUCAAUUUAAAUCCAGACUGGGAGCUACCCUUAAAGAAGGAUACGCAAAAUCAACCCUUAAAAGAAGGAGUGCGAGACAUGCUUGUAAAACAUCACUUAUUUUCGUGGGACUUGUAA